AAGACAAAUGAAAAAGACUUAAACCACACAUUAAGGACAAGAAGGGGACAGUCUGUACAUCUGUCUUGGAAAAACGAAAGAAAGGAAAACAUAAUUGUUUUAGGACUGGUAGGAUAAUGAGCCUUCAUCACACGUCAACCGUGUUCCACGGUAUUCCUCCUAUACCCGAUCAGGCGACAGUGGUGAAAACAGGAUACCUCCUCAAGUCCCCCCCGUACUCCCUGUUGAGAAGAGAGACUUUCUGGAGAAGGCGUUUUUUUGUUCUGUACAAAUCAAAUGAACAAGACUACCGGCUCAAGUACUUCAACAGCGAGGAUCAGAAGGACAGGGCCCUGGGGGAAAUAGACCUGAAACAGUUAAGAGCGAUGCUAGUAAGCCCGGGCGGCCACCCCAGUUGGAGUUGGGUCCAGAAAAACGUCAACUGUAAUCCGUCCUGCGUUCUCUACAUCAACACUUCUGCCAGGGAAUACUUUCUGGUUGGCGCCAACAGCUCGGAUGUGAAUGACUGGCUCAUUGCUUUAUCCAAUCCCGGUUUUGCAGAGCAAAGUCUAUGUGAAGUUGUGGAUUUCAACACUGAAACUUUGAUGAAAAGCUCAUGGAAACUUCAGUCUGUGUCCGAGCCAGCAGCAUAUAAAGACGCCUCGUGGAUGGGUCAACUGCCACGACAAAGCUCGGAGCCUGUGGAUCCCAUCUAUGACUACCCCAAAGCCUACCGUGAUAAACAACUGGUUAAGGAGCCCUUGUACGUGGCCAUGGACGAAGUUGACGACAGACUCACAGGGUCCGUCCCUCAGGCCUGGGAUAAGCUCGGUACGAUAACACGCCAACACUUUUCUAAGGCUGUAUCGAUGGAAGCCCCAGAUAACAGCCUCUUAAAUCCCGAUCAAAGGGAUGUUGUAGUCCUGCAGGCUGACCUUAAGGAACAUCUCUCCCUGUCCGAGGUGGAUGGAAGACUCAGUGUGUCGGGGUGGACGGGCCAGCCGCUGGGUCUGUUCCGGGAGGGAGACCAGUUCCUAGCUCUGAACGACCUGCUCACCUGCAGCAUGGUGGAGUUUCAUGCCUACCUCAGCAGAUCCCUAAAAAAACAGGUCAAAGUGACCAUCUUGCGUCACCUGAAAGUCCCCAUCCACCGUCGCCACAGUUUACCUCACACUCUGUGA